GGUAAUUCUCGUUCCGGAGUUUUUGUUUUUCGGUGCAUCUUUUAUUUUCGGGACGGAGCAGCGGAGCAUUUUCUUCGUUCGAUUAACAUUUUCAGAGUGUGUUCAACAGUGAAGCAAAAAGCAAGCAGGAGCGCACAAAAGAACACAGAAAUUAGAGUGGUGAAAAUCGAUAAAAGCAAAGAUUCCUACUACUCCGUGCAAAGUAGAAGUAAAACAAAAGUGUUUUGAACCGAGAGUGCAUUGAGCUUCAUUUGUUCGAUCGAAGUUUUUUUUUGCUGCCACAUCAGUGUUUGAUUUAAAGUUCACGAAACAAAAAAUCGCAACAUAAAUAACAAAAAAGCAACUAAAAUCAUGGCCACAUACGCCGCAUUCAAACACGUCGAGCUGUACAAUGUUGGAAAUACCAAAAAGAGAGUUCUGAAACCUCCGGGCGGUGGAAGCAGCGACCUGUUCGGUAGCGACAACAUGCCCCAGACUCCACGGAACUCGAAGAAUCGGAUGCAGUCGAACAUUUUUGCCGCACCAGACAACCAGAGAGCUGGAAAUGGCGCUGAAACUCCACGUCGUGGCGGUGCCGGUCAGGAUUCGCACAACCGUCUGUUCGGCGAGGUGGACCGUCCCUACACUCCGGCCAAGAAUCACAUGAAGAGCAAUCUGCCGAUCGGCGCGGAUCUGCCGGACGGUUCGGCCAAGACCAAUGGACACAGCAAGACCAAUGGACAUCACCAGAACGGAAACGGCAUCGCUAGCAAUGGCCACAGCAACGGCAACGGUAGCAUCAGCAGCAACGGUAAUGCCAACGGGAUCGCCAAUGGACACAGCAAUGGUUCUUCCUCGGCCCUGUCCCAAAAUGGAUCCACUCACAAAUCCGGCAAUCCGGUGACCGGCGAGGGCUACAAAUCAGGUGGUGCAGCGGAGAUCAACACGACCGUUCCGUCGCUGAAUGGCGGAGGCCAUGUUAUCAACAAAAAUCGCAUUCCUCCCGGUGGAUUUUCGUCUGGUCUGUGGUAAACUGUGGUUCAGGAUAUCAUUUGCGAAAGAAAAGAAAAGAAAAAAAAGAUGAAACGUAUUGCCAGCAGACGGAGGAAAGAUGACGAUGUCCUUUGAAAUAUACUAUUUGAUACUACGAAAAAGAAAACAACACACACACACAGACAUACACAGCAACAGCGCCAUCAAAGAUAGAAAGCCGCCCGUUGGUAUCAUCCGGUAGGGUUCUGUUGGCCACACAGUGACCAACACGACGCAAGCAUUAAACCUCACAGGUCAAUACCAUCAUAGAAUAACGAGUAGCUUCCUGUGAAAAUUUCCAAUGCAAAUCUAAACCUGAUAGUGAUAACCCAUUAUCAUAUACAUAAUAAUAUAUGGUGUUCCGAGUAUACAUUUUUGGGUGUUUUUCGACGACGGUAUAUAUUAUAACCAACCAAACCGGGGAAAGCAUCACCAUUAAAGAACAAUAUCUAUAAUAAAUCGAAAUGAUAAAAAAACCAUACAGACAGUGUUUACGAAGCAAAGCAAAUCAAUUACCUUUUUCUGUGUAGAAUAGAGGAACAAUAGAAAAAAAAACACAAUAUCAGAAACAAGAAACGCAAGAAGAAAAAAUCUCUAUCGAUUCCUGUUUGAAUUUUUGGGAGAUUUUCGAAACAAUUUCGAAUGCUCGAAACCAGCGAAAUCGAAUAAUAAUGAUACGAAUGAGAGAGGGAACUGUAUUUAUCAGACAGGCAGACAGACCUAUAGGAUAUGAUAGGAAUGCUGCUGGCAAUUGUGAACAGCAGCGCGCACAUAUUUAGCAAUCAAAACACCACAUUUAACAAGAGAAAGCAAGUGGAAAAUAAAUACACAUACACAUACACACUCACACACACAGAGAGAGGGUAACAAUAGGGAAAAUCGGUUCACUUCUCGCUGCUGCGAGCAAGCAACCGCACCAUCGAAUCUAAUAACAAAACAAUGUAUAAGAAGAAGAGCGAUUACUAAAACUUAUCACAACAAAACAGAACACUUAUUACACACACAGAACAUAAAAACACGCAAAACGUAUUUAAUGCAGUGCAUCCAAAAGGAAAAAAACAAUAUAUACCUACUUACUAAUCGAUAUAGACGGUCGUGUUUUGUCACCCGGUUUAUGUUUUCUUUUUGAACCUGUGACCCGCGCGUGGCAGUAUCAGUGCAGUCCCAUUUGUGAAGGUAAUCUAAUAGUUUAUAAAUAGUAUCCCCCGUUUCCCCUGUACCCCUUUUCCCCACGUCAGACUAUUUGAGUGUCAAUUUUUGUGUCGUUGCUUGAUCGGUUAAUUGAAUAUAAUUUUGAUUAAAUUAAUCAGAAAACAAAAAAAAAACAAUGCUGGAGUUUCGCGAACUAUGAUCACAACAACAUACACUAUUUUGCUGGAAAUCAGACAUAUAUACAAAUCUAUAUAUAUUUAUCAUAUUAUAACGUCUUUGUACUCUCAAUAAAGUAAAGUUUACGGAAAAACAACACAAUUAUUACGGUUACGUAUGGCGAUGAAGUGGUUUCUUUCCAGCUAUUAUUAUCCGAGAGCAGUCUUUUUAUGUAAGAGUUUUGCGUUUUUUCUCUCCUCUCUACUAUAUAUAUAUAUAUGUAGUUAUGCAUGCACACCAUUGCCGAACGGACACUAAUUUGAUGAUUUUUAUAAAAUUGUUAAAUAUGCCUGUAAAGUAGCGGUUCAAAAUUUAAUGUGAACGAAAGUGGCCUCGAAACUAGAAAGUUUUCAAAACUGAACAUAAACACACGCUAUAUUUAACCGAGUUAGAGAAAAAAAUGAAGAAGAAAAAAAAACUGAAUGAACGAAAGACAAAGGGAGAAAGAGAAACAAUCAAUUAGCAAACAUUGAGCAAAGGUUGAUGCUAACGUGAAAAAUUGAUAAUGGUUGGAUUGAAAAUGAAGAAAAAAAAGCCCGAUACCCAAGCAUAGAAAAGAAGAACGUCGAGAGAAAGAGAUGAUUAUGAGCGAUGUCGAUACAUUCUAUAUAUUUGCAUUACACUUUGAGAUAAAACAAAAAAUGAUAAUAAAAUACAAUCCAACAAGUAAUGACAAAAAAAAAUCGUAGAGAACAAACGUAACUUGAUUAUUGAA